UUUGGGUAAUUGGUACAUAUUCUAUAGAACAUGAGGAAUGUGAAAUUGAAAUAACAUUAUUUGUAGUGAUUGAUCUGAAAAAGAGAGAUUUUGAUACACAAGCUAUGAUAGUUUCUUUGUCUAAUCAUUUAAAAAUUCUUGACAAAGUUUUUGAAUCAAAUAAGUACCUACUAAAAAUUUCAUUAGUUGGAGUUGCUCAAGAAAUACCAAGAAAGGUUAGUGAUAAUGAGAAUGCUGUCUUUGAUAUACUUGUGAAUGAAUUACAAUCUUCAAAGCAUUUAAAAACUAAUUACAUAGAUGAACAAGAUUUAUCAAGUGUUGAAAAUGCUAAUUAUUUAAAAGAACAGAUUGAUUGUAGGUUUCAGUUAGAAGAAAAUAAUAUUGUUACUAAGUUGAUCAAAAAGAGAAAGUUAAAAAAAUUGACAAGUAAUGUUGACAAAAGUCAAAAAAAAUCUGAAUAUAGUAGGAAAAAGGACAAGGUUUAUUUAACUCAUAGUACAACUUACAAUAGUAAUAAUUAA